AUGCCAGACAAACUUUGCUGCGCGGCCAGGAUUCAGUCCAGUGCCACAGGCAUUGCUGCAGAUCUCAACCCGCUUGUGAAGCGUAAUGUGCUUUCCUGGAGGCAAAGUGAACGAUCAAAUACGCCUGUUGUCUUGUUGAAUCUACUGCCUCAAGGCGUUGAAGUUGUGGUCGGCAUCCAGCAAUUCCAUCCAGAGAAUCACACGAUUGAACUGUUGGAUGGGACGUUUCUUUCUGACAUCGACGAAAUUAUCUUCUCCACUGGAUACCAAUACACAUUCCCCUUUCUACCUCAAUAUCACAACUCCUCCAUCAAAGGCAACGAAGAAGGGCCGCAAGACCAACCACAGCCGAUAGUAACUGACGGCACCCACUUCCGUUCGCUCUGGCGGGACCUAUUCUACAUCGAUGAUCCCACACUGGCGUUCAUCAACCAGGCAUGCUAUUCAAGGCAAUCAUCAUUCCUCGCUGACAGAGAGCGAACCAGGACCCCAACGUUGUGA